AUGGAUAAAUAUUUGAAGCGUAAGCGGAUAUCUGAAGAAGAGCACGGGGGUAAUGGAAAUAGUGGCGAUGAACUGAGACAUGAUGCCGAAAGAGAGUCCGCACUGCGUAAGGCAAAAUUACGUAAAUAUGAUCCUGAAUAUUUACAAUUCGGAUUUAUACCGUACAAAGACAACAGUGAUCAGCCACAAUGUGUCAUUUGUUUAAACGUGUUAUCGAACGAAAGUUUGAAACCUGCUAAACUGAAGCGCCAUCUUGUAACAAAGCAUAAUGAACUAAAAGACAAACCCGUUGAUUUCUUCAAACGUCGAGCAGAAGUGUAUGCAAAUCAGCAGAAAAUUAUUAGCACUGCGACAACAGUGAAUGAAAAAGCUCUUAAGGCUUCGUAUAUUAUGGCAAUGCGAAUAGCUAAGAGCAAAAAAGCACACACGGUUGCGGAGAGUUUGAUUAUGCCAGCGGCUUUAGAAAUAUGCGAGAUAAUGUUAGGAAAAGAAAGCAGCCGAAAAUUACUGUCUAUACCAGUAUCAAACGAUACCAUCAGAAGGCGAAUUUGCGACAUGUCCAAUGACAUCCAAUUACAAUUGGUUGAGCGCCUACAAAGCAGUACAUUUGCCAUACAGUUGGACGAAAGUACCGAUAUUGCAGGCCAAGCGCAGUUACUGGUCUACGUUAGAUAUUGCUUUGACAAUGAUGUGGUUGAGGACUUUCUGUUCUGCAAACCUGUGCCACUUAGAACGACAGGUGAAGAUUUAUUUGCAAUGCUAAAUGAUUUCUUCAUUGCUAACAAGCUUGAGUGGUCCAGCUGUAUUGGAAUUUGUACGGACGGAGCUGCAGCAAUGACAGGUCAUAAAAGUGGGGUUGUUGCACGCGUACGAACUGUUUCUCCGAAUAUUAUUUCCACACAUUUCAUGAUUCAUCGCGAAGCUCUUGCUAGUAAGAAUUUAAAUGAAUCCUUCGGUGAAGUGCUAAAUACAUGCAUUAAACUAGUUAAUUGGAUAAAGUGCAGACCGUUGAACGGACGACUGUUUGCUGCACUGUGCGAAGAAAGCGGCUCAGAUCAUCGACAUCUGCUGCUACACACAGAGGUUCGCUGGUUGUCACGCGGAAAGGUACUUCAACGUGUCUUCGAGCUUCGCAGUGAACUGGCAUCAUUUUUGAUGGACAAAAACUCAGAGCUGGUGAAGUUUGUUUCAGAUAAUGUAUGGCUUGCAAAAUUGGCUUACCUGGCUGAUAUCUUUUGUCAACUUAAUGCACUUAACACAUCACUGCAAGGCAGAGAUUCAAGCGUGUUGAAAACAACAGACAAGAUAACUGCCUUCAAGAAAAAGUUGAGAAUAUGGAAGACACGAGUACAAAAUAAAAGCUAUAUCUUUGACCAUUUGUCGGCGAUGGAAGAAUACUUUGACAGGUACUUUCCAACAGAUAACAUUGCAGAUUAUGACUGGAUCAGAAAUCCAUUCAGUUGUCAGCUUACCAACUUGACCGGGAAGGAAGAAGAACAGUUGGCUGAAUUGUCUAGUGACAGAAGUCUCAAACUUAAAUUUCAAGAACAAACAUUGACCGCGUUUUGGUGCAACGUUAGGAACGAGUAUACGCUUUUAGCUGAGAGAGCACUGACUGUGCUGGUCCCAUUUGCAACUACCUACCAGUGCGAAGCAUCGUUCUCAGCAUUAGCUGUGAUAAAAUCUAAGUUUAGAUCACGUCUCCAGGUGGAAGAUGACAUUCGAGUGUGUCUAUCAAAAAUCUCACCAAGGAUAGACCUUCUCUGCCGACAAAAGCAAGCCCACACAUCUCAUUAG